AUGGUGGAUGUGUUUUCCGGAGAUGCUCUACGAGCAAGUGCUUCAUUUACUGGUGGGAAAUUCGUGAUAGCCAUUAGCACAGAUAACGUAGAAGUAGCAAAAGAAGUGUGUAAAACUGUAACUAAACUUGGUUUGGGUCUUGGCGCUCUGUAUGCUGGUUAUAGUUUAUUGAAACCAGUAAUUGAGGGUGCGGUUGCAAAAGCUCUGGGAGGCAAACGCGAUGAUCAGGACCCUCGUGACAUUCGACCAGGAUGUUUGCAUGUUGAGUUACAUUGUUUCACAGACGAAAGGUUUCUGGAAGUCUUAGCGGAUUACGAAUCAGGGAAAAUGAAAGAACGCUUUCAGGAAGAACUUUCGCUGGUUGGAAUCAAAGUAGAAGGACUGAAGGUGAAGAUUGAAAACAUGGAGGAGGUGAAUGAAACGAAAGAAGCGAUUAGAACAAGGUCUCAUAUCAACAAGGAUCUUGGAGACAAGGUCAAUAACUGUGAACUUAUUGCUGUUGCGAGUGAUAAAUUGAAACGUGUUCAGAAGAAAGCAGAUAAUAUCGACGUGAUUGAAACACGCAACGACCUUGGAGCGAAAACGCAUGAAGUGAAGGACUACAAGUCAGUUUUAGAGUCCUAUCAAAAAGCUCUUGGAGUGAAGUUAAAACUAUACGGAGAAGAUCAUCCUGCCACAGCUGACACUUAUUACAACAUUGGAAUCACACAACAUGAGAUGAAAGAUUACAAGUCAGCAUUAGAAUCGAAUCAAAAAGCUCUUGAUAUCCGAUUAAAACUGUAUGGAGAAAAUCAUCCCGACUCCGCUCAAUGUUAUUUUAAUAUUGGAUACAUUCAACAUGACAUGAAGGAUUAUAAGUCCGCAUUAAAGUGUAAUCAAAAAGUCCUUGAAAUUAGGUUAAAACUAUACGGAGAAGAUCAUCCAGACGUGGCUAACAGUUAUUACAACAUCGGAAUCACACAACAUGAGAUGAAAGAUUACAAGUCAGCGUUGGAAUCACAUCAAAAAGCUCUUGACAUUCGAUUAAAGUUGCACGGAAAAGAUCAUCCUGCAACAGCUGACAGUUAUUGCAACAUUGGAAUCGCACAACAUGAGGUAAAAGAUUACAAAUCAGCGAUAAAAUCGCAUCAAAAGGGCCUUGAAAUUACAAUAAAGCUGUUUGGAGAAAAUCAUCCUUUGACUGCAGACUGUUAUCACAAUAUUGGAAUCACACAACAUGAGAUGAAAGAUUACAAUUCAGCGUUAAAGUCGAAUCAAAAAGCUCUUAAAAUCAGGUUAGAACUUUAUGGCGAAGAUCAUCCUACAAUAGCUGACAGUUAUUGCAACAAUGCGAUCACGUAUCAUGCGAUGAAGGAUUACAAAUCGGCAUUAGAAUCGAAUAGAAAAGCUCUCGAAAUCAGAUUAAGUCUAUAUGGAGAGAAUCAUCCUGACACAGCGGACAGUUAUUACAACAUUGGAAUCGCACAGAAUGAGAUGAAAGAUUACAAAUCAGCAUUAGAAUCGAAUGAAAAGGCUCUUAACAUCAGAUUGAAAGUAUAUGGAGAAAAUCAUUCUGAAACAGCUCAAAGUUAUUUCAACAUCGGAUACACUCAAAAUGAUAUGAAAGAUUCAAAGUCAGCUUUAGAGUCGAAUAAAAAAGCUUUUGAAAUCAGAUCAAAACUUUUUGGAGAAGAUCAUCCUUCCACUGCAGACAGUUAUUACAACAUUGGAGUUUCACAACACGCGUUGAAAGACUACAAUUCAGCAUUAGAGUCGAAUAUAAAAUCUCUCAGAAUCGUAUUAAAAUUGUUUGGAGAUGAUCAUCCUGACUCCGCUAAGAGUUAUUUUAACAUUGGAUACAUUCAACAUGAUAUGAGAGCUUACAAAUCAGCAUUGGAGUCGCAUCAAAAUGCUCUCAAAAUUAGACUCAAACUAUACGGAGAAAAUGAUCCUUCAACAGCUGACAGUUAUUAUAACAUUGGGAUGAUACAACACGAGAUGAAAGAAUUUCAGUCAGCAUUGGAAUCGCAUCAAAAAGCUUCAAAAAUUAGAAGAAUGCUCUAUGGCGAAGAUCCUCCUGGUUCGCCUAACAUCGCACAACGUUACUACAGUACAACUCAGAGUUAA